AUGUCGCGAAGUUUCUUAGUGGAUUCGUUGAUAGGCAACAAUUCGCCACCUGCUUACCCGUUGCCUUAUUACGGGAACCAGUUGCCUAGUUACAUGUUCAAUUUCUUCAAUCUCGGACUUGGUUAUCAACCGAUUAGACCGGUACCUAGGCCACCAGCUCUGCCUGUUCCGGUUCCUAUCAGUCCUCCUGCUUUGGGGAGCUUGCCUGUGACUGGACAGAGUCCGCCGUCGCCUUUGAACACCUCUACUAGCAGACUUUCUGAUAUUUCAGCACCCAGCGAGUCUCCUUCGAGAAACAGCACUCCGACUCCACCACCGAAAUCCCCGAAUUCCCUCAGCAGCAGCUCGAAAAGAAUUCGUACCGCGUUUACGAGCACUCAGUUGUUGGAACUCGAACGAGAAUUCUCCGCUAAUAUGUACCUAUCGCGACUCAGGCGAAUCGAGAUCGCCACGAAUCUGCGAUUAUCCGAGAAGCAAGUGAAGAUCUGGUUUCAAAAUCGCCGAGUGAAGUACAAGAAGGAGGAUCUGCCCACUGGACAGAGUCAAAAAUGUUGCUGUCUGAGGACGUGCGGGAAGAAGAAGGACGGUUGCAGCGACGAUUCGUCGAGUCGGAAGUGCGAGCAGGAAGAAUCGAUCAAGAACGAGAAAACGGAAGCAAACGAGAAGACUGCGGACGAGACGAGGCAGGAGGAAUCGUCGGCGAGUAUCACGGUGGAUCGUUUCGAGCAAUCGUUUCAAGCGACGGAGAACCAGCAGCGAUUUCAUCCGGAAACCGAGGAGAAAUUCAACGAUCCGAGGGUGAGCGUGAUGCCUGAGCGUUGCGAGAGGAGCGCGUACAAUUUGUCCAGCGGCUUGAAGAGGAGAAUCGUGGACGGCGCGGAAGAGACGGAUGACAAGAAGAGACGGAUCGACGGGCCGUCGAUUUAUCAGAACAUGAUUCAAGAGCACACCGUCGUGAAACCUGUGUUCAGAAGCAUAGGAUGCACUAAACAUACCGUGGAGAGAAUUGUCAAUUCAUAG